UUUUCUUCUUCUUCUUUUUUGAAAAGGUAGAAAACUAAAUUGCUUAUUUUUAUAGCAUAAAGUGUGUCUCAGAUUUAAGAUUAAAAGAUAUUUUACCAUUUGCUAUAAAAUUAACAAACAGCGCCACCAUGUUUCACAGACAACUGGUAGAUUUAUAGAAAGAAAUAAUUUUAUAAAAAGAACAUAAAAAAGAUUUUUUAUUUAAUAUUUUAUUAAAACUCUUGUAAGAAUAUAUAAAUUAAAAGAUUUGAGAAGUUCCAAAGUUUUGCGAAGACUUUUUUGAAUUUCUUCUGAGUGUAUUGAAAAUAUUCGAACAAAUAAAUAAAAUACUAACAACCAAUGAACAAAAUCCUGCGCUAAGCGAGCUCAAAGUGGGGCAGGACGAUGAUUUACCAAAACAGCACCACAGGCGGGAAUCGUGAAUUGAGUUUGGUGGAGCAAAAGAAGCGCCAGUGGCAGAAGGAACGCGAAGAAAUGGCAAAGCUCGGGGAAUUUCCCAUUAAAAUUGAAUCUCGAUCCAGUACGUACGAGAAGACCAGCAUCCGGACAUUCUAUGCUAGCAAUAUGGAUUUAACGGAGAACUAUCGUGGAAGGAAGAAUUCAAUGCGUCAUGGGGGUGUGUAUGAGGGGGAAAGUCGAAGGAUUCGUAGCCCAAGUCUCCCACCAAUUGGACGGCAGAAGUUUCAAGGAGGAAUGGGGCAUAGCACAACGGAGGACGACACGGGCUACACGAGUGGAUCACCACAGCAUUCGGAUAGCAGUGGUGCAGAAGUGUGGACAAAUACGGAGCACCCGCAGAAGGUUAGCUAUGCUGGGAAUUUUCUUCCACCAAAGCCACAACUUCACAUAACCGGGAGUUCCUUUGAGGCAGCAACAACAGCAGCAGCCAAGGAGGCUGCUGAUGAUACCUUUUCGGAGGCAACAACAAAGAGUCGUGGGAGUCAGUUGCAUCACAAAAUGUCCCCUGAUAGUCUAGAUUUGGAGCAUGAAACGGAAUUUUCCAAAUCUCUCAGCACACCGUCUUCCUCAUCUUCUGACGGGCAAUCAUUCACCUCAUUCCAAGCUCCGGACUUUGGGGGCUAUCACAAAGUCAAGGAGGAGCGUGCCAAGUGGGGUGAUCGUGGGGUAACUGUUGGGCAUCUCUAUGAUCCAAUUGCAAGGGUUGAGAUGGAAAAAUCAGCCAGGAGUGUCCCAGUGUGGCUGGAAAAGGGACUCCAUGAGAUGCGUGAUAGUGAAGAUGAAUCCGUGAGGUAUGGAUGGGAAAAAUUGCCCAAAAAUCCUGCCCAAGAAUAUUCUUUAUUUGUUCCUUUUGCAUGUAGAUCCUUCAUCAGGGGACAGAACACCCCAAUUGACCCGCAGAUUCUCGAGGAACGCGCCAAUCGACGGAGGAAAGCGAUGGAGCUGCAGGACGCCAUAAAGGAGCAACUAAAGGAGCGUGAGCGUCAGAGGAAAUGGGAGAAGGAGCGACGAUUGCGCGAAGAGCGUCUCGAGGAGGAACGUAUGAUGCGGCAGAUGGAGAUGGAAAGGGCACGCUUUGAGUACGAUAAACGCGUGCAGCAGGAAAAGUUGGAGAAGGAGAAGAAGAAGCACGAUAUGAUGCGUCGGGCCCUCGCAAAGGCAGAAAUGGAAGCAAAAGUUGAGAAAGAUCGUCGAAAGCACAAAAUCUUUCAUCGGGAGGCUUCUCCGCCUCCUGCAAGGGAGGCAAAAGAAGCCCCAGAAGAGGCAUCCAAGGAGGAAAAGACAGUGAAAAGUCUAUCAGUGGAGGAAGAUCCGGAAAGAGUUCUCAUUGGAACCCCAAUAAAGCUGAAGAAACAAAUUAUUGUGGAGCAGGAAGAUAAGAAAGAGGAACAAGUUGUUGAAGAUAAAACUUCAAUGGAGAAGCAGAGUGAGAGGCAAAGUGAAAAACCAGCAGAGAUGUCUCCUCCGGAAAAGCCCCUUGUGGUGAUUGAUCGCAAUAAUAGGGCAACAGAUCUCGAUGGGAUUGCUUUGGUGCUCCAAACAAUGACACCAGUCGUUCCGUUGCCCAUUGCCAGUGACUUCCUCAAUUUCAAUGCAACCGUGAAUAAUCUCCAGUUGGCCCUUCUUCUGGCAGCUCAGCAGCAGCGUCCGGAAAAGCUAAAUGGAGGUGAUCCGGAGAAGAUUUCAAUGCGGGAAAGUCACAACAGGGAGUGUAGCUACUGCUGCAAAGUUCAUGGGAAUAAUACAACGUCCACCGUUAAGGAGGAAGUGAAAACACAUGAGGAAGCUCUUGAAGAUGGUCUAGUCAAGACAGAGGGUGAAACAGAAGCGAAUUGUGUGAAGGAGGAAGAUGUAAAACAAGUAGAAGUGAAGCUUCCGGAACAGGAGGAACCACCGAAACUUCCACAUGAUGGAACAUUCACAAAGGAGGACACCCUGAGGGCUGAGAUGCGAAUUGAUGCAGCCACGUGUACCAGGGGAGACAUUCUGGGUGAAAGGAUGCUGACACCACGAAAAUAUCGUCAUGACUCCUCCUCAUCGGUUGAUGUGGCUGUGCAAACGGAAAUCCCUUCGCGACUAUGCAAUCUCUGUUGUCAUCAUAAGUUGUACUUGCAGGAAAUCUCCACGGUGACCACAUCAGUUACACAGACAUCGAAUAAAGGGCAACAGCAGACCAUCGCUGAUGACGAUGACGGGUCAUCUGCGCGCAAUGAAACCAUCACAACAACCACAACAACCAAAACAAUGAUUCGCUCAAAGGCAGGCAAGAGCAAGAAGCCAGAACCACGUCCAAAGUGGGGGGUCAAUCGACCCCUCAUGCAGUACAUAAAGGCCAGCGAAAGGGAUCCCUUCUGCCUGAGGCAGCGUCGCAAGAAAUACCAACAGAGGAGCUUCAUAGUGAAGCCUGAAAGUCCCAAAAAUAGUGCUGGAACAAAUCGCAGCAUCUCCCGGAAUGUCUGCACGGAGAUUCUUCCCAUUAAGACCGAUUCCAAUGGGAGGAUUUUCCUGAAUUUCCACGAAGCGAGUGUGAUGAUGAAGGAGGACCCUGUGAAGCAGCAGAAUUCAGCACAGGCAAGGGAGAGAAUUAUGAGUAAACGUCCCACUGAGGAGAACAGCGACGAAGGUGUUUCCCUCAAGGAUAAUAAGGAUUUUUCCAAUUUAGCCAUUGUAAAAGCAAAUAGUGCAACACGAAGGCAGAGUAGCUUUGAAGAUGUCGACACGGAGGAAUGUAGUUCGGAUUUAUCGUCCAUCAAGAGUAGAAAUUGAAGG